GAGGAGAGCCAAACGACAACGCAUUGUUGGAGCUUGUACGGAGUAGCGCAUGUUAAAAAUUCUUUCAUGCCAUGGCAAUUAUACCGUGACGGGCAACCAUGCCCUCGUCAUCAACAACCCAGCCCGCGUGGCGACCCCGACUUCGACGGCCCCAGCUACGGCAAGCCACUGUUAUAAUCCCCCGAACUGGCCAACGUGUUAGAGGCACGGAUUCCCUAGAUGUGAUUUUAGACUCCCCCGAUGAUCAAACUCCGCUACUGCCCCAGAAUGAGCGGCCCUCUCGCAUUUCCAACACCAAGUGGCUUCGCCGUGUCAACGAUGCGAAAGCAAGUAUUCUUACAUUCUUUGCUUCCGAGACAGGCAGGGGCGUACUUAAAUGUAGUCUAGCUUACCUUCUCGGAACUCUUGCGACAUUUGUUCCCCCGAUAGCCGCUUUGCUUGGCCAGCAAGAUGGAAAACAUACGGUGGCCACAAUUACCGUCUACUUCCACCCUGCCAGGACGAGGGGAAGCAUGCUCUAUGCUCUUGUGUGCGCUUCUGUAGCAUUCAUGUAUGCCCUCCUCAUAUCUAUCAUGAGCAUGGGUGUUUCUGUGUUCUUUGAGGACGCAGUCCAAUUUCUCCCACUUGGCCAUGCUAUAGUCGUCUUUGUAUUCUGUGGAGGAGGGCUGGGGCUUGUCGGAUGGGUUAAACAGAAAAUGGGCGAUCCGUUGGUGAACGUUGGAUGCUCCCUAGCUUCACUCGCCAUAGUUACCGUCUUAACAAAAGAAGGAGCUGUGCAGCGAGGGGAUAUCUCAUUUGUCAAAAUAUCCCAAGUCCUGAAGAUGCUUCUCAUGGGUAUCUUUGCCACCAUGGCCGUGUGUUUUAUUAUAUUCCCUAUUUCCGCUAGGACCAAACUCCGACAGGCUUUAAUCGAGGCGACCGACUCUCUUUCUGAUAUGCUAAAUGUCAUUACCGAAAGCUUUCUAGAAGGGUCAGAAGAGCUAUUGGAACAGGAUGAAUUCCGAGAUGUGUUUGAGCGGUACAACGGGUCCUCUAGGGAUAUUGAUAAGCUGCUUAAAGAAUCCAAGUUUGAACACUAUGUGGCAGGCACGGGAAACGAAUAUCGCCUGGAGAAGAAACUUGCCUUGUGUAUCCAGGAUCUGGCUCAAAAUAUUGGUGGCCUCCGAAGUGCUGCUGCGCUUCAAUUUGGCUUGUUGAAACAAUCGUAUGGCCCAAUCCAUUCCACAGGUAUUCAAAAGGGCAGUUCGACGUCCCGGGCUGAUGAGAUGCUAUCAUCGAUCUUCUCGCCCACGUCUACGAUAAGGGAUUACCCAAGCCCAAGCGAAGGCAUCACUGAGAAUGCAGGCCAUAGCACUCCAGCACUGACUCGCAUGGACUCCGGCACAAAUACUGGCCCCAAUUCUCCAGCAGAUAUAUUUGAAAAUUUUAUCUUUCACCUUGGCCCAUCAAUGAAGUCGUUGGCCUACACUCUGAGAGAGAUCCUAGGAGAGCUACCUUAUGGCCCGGCUCCAGAUUUCAAAAUCGCCAUUAACAACAAAUUCCGUAUUAGUUUGGAUCGCGCUCUAGACUUAUACCGCACUUCUCGAAACGACGCCUUGAACGCCAUCUAUAUGCAAAAAGAUUUCAUUAGGGUCAAGUCCGCAGAAGUGGAAGCUGAUCUUGAGGAAGUGGCAGCGAGCUGUGGUCAUUUCAGUUUUUCAUUGCAAGAGUUUGCCGAAGAACUGAAGGAUUUUCUUGAUAUACUAGACGAACUGCAGCUAGAAGUGGAGGAAAGGCCUGGUGGUCGAUCGUGGACGUGGUUAAUGCCGUGGCGGUCACGACCGAAGACCAAUGGUGACGAUGAUAUGACGGACCCUAAUCCAAAAUUGAUGAGUGUUAGCCCUACUGGCACAUCUGGGCCCAAGGAAAAUCUCCGAUAUAGGUUGUGGAAAGCCCUGAGAUUAUUUCGACGUGAUGAGACAAAGUUUGCGAUCAAAGUGGGAGCUGGAGCAGCGCUCUAUGCUCUUCCCGCUUUUUUACACUCUACACGCCCUAUAUAUUCUCACUGGCGUGGAGAAUGGGGACUCCUUUCCUACAUGUUCGUCUGUUCUAUGACUAUCGGCGCAUCGAAUACAACGGGGUAUGCCAGAUUCUUUGGUACUUGCCUGGGAGCAUUUUGUGCACUGGCAGCUUGGUAUGUAGCCCAUGCCAAUGUAUUCGGACUGGCGUUUCUUGGCUGGGCAAUGUCCUUAUGGACAGCGUACAUCAUCAUCGGCCAAGGACGCGGGCCAAUGGGCCGCUUCAUCAUGCUUACAUACAACUUGGUGGUUCUUUACUCCUACUCCCUGUCACUGCAGGAUAGCAAUAAUGACCAAGAUGAAGGCGGGGAGAGUCCUUUGGUCGCAGAUAUUGCACUCCAUCGGGUGGUGGCCGUUUCUUCAGGGAUCAUUUGGGGUAUCUUUAUUACGAGGAUUAUUUGGCCUAUAAGUGCUCGAAGAAAAUUAAAGGAUGGCCUCAGCUUGCUCUGGCUUAGGAUGAGCAUCAUUUGGAAGAGAGAUCCUCUUUCAACGAUGACUCAAGGAGGCUCGGCCAUUGCAUACUACACCACGAAAGAGAAACUCGAAUUGCAGCGGUUCCUAGCUCGUCUAGAGACGCUUCGAACUGCGGCCAAUUCUGAAUUCUCCCUCAAGCGACCCUUUCCAAAUGCAUCCUAUGGAACGCUUCUCUCCCGAACCAGACGUAUGCUAGAUGCAUUUCAGGCUCUGAACCUCGAGAUUAUGAAAAAUUUAACGGCGUCCGAAGGCGAAGCGGCCAUGCUAAGGCACACGUUGCAGGAUAGAAGGCAAUUGUCAGCAAGAAUUACUCAUUUACUUGCGAUUCUGGCAUCGUCAAUGAAACUGGGAUAUCAACUCUAUGAUGCGCCGCCGGACAUAGACCACUCGAGAGAUAGACUAUUAGCGCGACUACAUCAUUAUCGUAAAGAUGAAUCCGCUUCCCGCUUAACUACCGACGAAGACUACGCUUUAUUGUAUGCUUAUGUAUUAGUAACUGGUCAGCUCCGAAACGAAAUCAUGGCGGUUAUAGAUGAAGUGAGUAGGCUAUUUGGUGUUGUAAAUGAAGAUAUUAUUGCCCUUCAUUAGCUGCGACGAGAAACUAUGUACUCAGUACGUAUAUACUUCAUAUGUACCGUACAUAUUUGGUAACAAAGUAGGCUGUUUCCUUCGG